CUUCAACCUUCAACCUUCAGCCUCCACCCUUUAGCGCCUCGCCCUCCCUUGCUCGUCACCCCAGAAAUUCAACCCUGAGAUUUCAUCUGCCCGAACCCUAUUCUUCAACACCUGGACCACCCCUGACUUCUGGCUCCGGACUCCGUCUCCGAAGCAACUCGUGUUCCUGUACCCGCCUCUCGCGCAUCUCGCAACCGCUCUCCACUUUUGAUUUUCCUUUCCCUUGCGGAAGCACCCUCCUCCUCUGGCAUGUCCACCUGGAGGUGGUCGCACAUGUAAUCAUGGCACACCCCGACCUUACAUCGCAUCACGUCAACUACUUAAUAUGGCGGUAUCUUCAGGAAGCAGGUCACGGUGAGGCCGCCGUAUCACUGCAGCGUGCAUGGUACCCCGACCCGCAGAGUCUGCCUUUUGCGCGUCACAUCCGAACCCAUGCGCUGGUCUCGCUGGUCCAAAAGGGCCUGCAGUACCACGAGCUGGAGUCCUCCAUUGACAAGGAGGGGAACCGCAUCUCACUUAACCCAUCGGAUUAUUUCUUCGGACCAGAGCCCUUCGAGGUAACCGACUUGCAAAAUCGCGAUGAGCACGUUCCCGAAGAACCCGUUGCGCCGGAGCCUCGCGACCGCGUGACGAACGGUCACCCGGCCGAGAACGGCAAAAAGAUCCUCAAGGAAACUAACGGCAAUGAGCCGAUGGAAGUUGACGACGAAACCGAGAGCAAGCCCGGCUCACCGAUCCCGGCUCACUUGGAUGGCGACGGGGAUGUGAGCAUGGGGCCCGAGGACGUGCCUCAGGAACCCAUUCUUACAAUGGGCCCCAGCGUCGGCGUCCAGAUCUCCCCCGCCAAGGCCGCCGAUUUGGCGCCCGACACCGCCUUGCUCCAGGCCGAUGAUCACGUGAUAUCAACUGCCUGGCACCCCAACGACUCGACCGUACUCGCGGCUUCCGGCGAUACAUUCUGCAGUCUGUGGAAGCUUACUUCGUCGUCGCCUCCGGUGCAGAACCGAUUCCUGGACCUGAAGGGCAGCGGUGCCUAUGUAUCAGCGGUCAAGUGGGAUGCUAUCGGCGCUAAACUGGCCGUGGCGUCCAUUCGGGACAUGAAAGGAACGGUCACCAUGUACAACACCGAUGGCAACGUAGUGGACUUGCUUCCGGAUCUCCCCCGGGUGAUAAGCGGAUUGCACUGGUCGGAGGAGAGCCCGCAGCUGGCCAUCGUGGCAUCGGACGAACGAACCUCGGAACUGGCCCUUUGGGACGACAACCGCCGGCCGGAAGUGUUUCCACCACCUCAAGUCAUUGACAGCCAUAUCUACGACUUGGCAUGGUGUGGACGCAACCAAGUAUUUGCCUGCGGGAACGGGGCCGUUUAUCAAUGCGAUGUCAGCCAAAACAUCAACCUGAACAAAACAUAUCAAUCCACCGAUAUCGACGCCGCUUGGACCUUCAUCCGCUGCACUCAGACGGAAACCUACUCCGUGGCAGUCACGGCCGGCUCUGCAAACUCCGCGAUCUGGAUCCCGACGCACGACAUCCUGAUCGAAAACGCUCACCAGGACGCCAUCACGGCGCUUGACAUCCGCCCGCAACCCCACGCGGAAAAACGGACCCCUACAAUCACAAUUGCUUCGUACUCAACGGACAGCUGCGUCAACGUGUGGCAAGUGGAUCUGGAGUCCAAGGAAUACAAGCGCAUCCAUCGUUUGCGUUUGGGUUCCUCUGUCCCAGCUCUCGCAGGCAGCUUCUCUCCAGAUGGAUACGCUCUGAGUGCGGUGAGCAACGACCGGCUCUUCAUCUGGAAUGCAGAGCGUGGUGGUGAGCCUGUGUCUACGUGGACCGCACCCGGCUCCGGAGAGAUUAAGGAAGAAUCCGAGCACACGAACGGACAGAAUGGGCAUGCAAUGCCGAUCCCUGACCGUGCUCUAUCAUGGGACACUGACGGCAAGAAACUUGCUUAUGGCUUUGGGAAUCAGAUGGCUAUUGUUAACUUGCAGCGGUGAGCGGGCUUGGCCAGCGUCAAUGUUCGAAGGCUUUGCUUGGCGCAAUAAGCACUUCCCCACCACCAAUGAAUUGGGUUUUCCUGAAGUACGUGAUCUUGGCAUGGUAUAAUUGAUACCUUUACCAGCCAUGAGCUGGAGACGAUUUCAGGG